GGUCCAGCUCCUGCCUGUCUGGAUGUGUUGCAUCAAUGCUUCAUUACAUGCUGGUCUUCAUGGCAUAUCACAGCAGCAGAUGGAUCCCACCGGGUCAGAGGUUAAAAUUUCAGGUAGUGAAUGCAGUGUUCAUUGUCGUGGUUCUGGCCCCUCAGGUCUUUGUUAUGGGAAGGCCCAAAUCUUCAAGAUACUGCAGGCAGCCUCUUCUGAACAACUUGGCGAUCUCUGUUGCCUUGUCCAUCAUCGCUUCCGGUUUUUCAGUGAUCUUCACACUGAUGGAUCCAGUUUGUCAGAGCUUGUGGGCUGCCUAUCAUGUGUUUGGACUGCUGUCAUGUGGACACGGACUAAGUUCUGCCAUCCUGACUCUCACAGCAACAGCAUGUGCCAAGACCACUCCAGAGCUGUACUACACGUCUGUAGCGCUAACGGUGGCCUCCACGCUCUGCACAGUGUUUUUUGCGGUGAGAGGGGGAUUGUGGUUAACCAAAAGGCAGUGGGACAAGUGA